AUGUCUCAGCAUAUCAAAAAAUGUCAAGGGUAUAAACAGUUUACUAAUGAAGUUGAUCGUGAUAAUAAUAAUUCUACUGAAGAGAAUGUUGUAGUAUGUUUACCAGAUUUCAGUAAUCCUAAUAAAAUUAUAUCCCAAAAAAACAUAAAUAAAACCAUUCUAAAUACUUUUAAAGAAAAUACCAAUAAUUUUAAUGCUGGCACAUCUAAAAUUAAAAUUUUUUUCGACACUAUAACCGAACAAAAUCAAACGCAACUUGACAGUGCUUUGGCAUUGGCUAUUUUUAUGUCAAAUUGCCCUUUUAAUUUAGUUGAAAAUAAAUAUUUCAACAAUUUUUUAAAAUUAAUGCGUCCAGCCUAUAAAAUCCCUUCUAGACAUGCAAUUAGUAAAACAUUACUAGAUUUUGAAUACAUUAAAGUGAAAAAUAUUAUUAACAAUAAAUUCAAUAAUUUAAAAGAUUUUACUCUCAUAAGCGAUGGCUGGACAAAUAUUCGCGGAGAGUCCAUUAUUAAUUUUAUAAUAAUGACUCCAGAACCAAUUUUUUUUAAAUCCAUUGACACAGGUUCCUGUGCUCACACUGGUGAAUAUAUCGCAUCUGAGUUGAUCAAGGUAAUAGAAGAAAUUGGUUGUCAAAAAUUUAUCUCACUAGUAACUGAUAAUGCAAAGAAUAUGAAAAAGGCCUGGAGUCUUGUUAAGGCAAAAUAUAAUUAUAUUGAAUGCUUUGGAUGUGCCGCACAUGGGUUGAAUCUGCUUAUUAAAGAUUUAUGCCAAAUACCUUUUAUUGAAAAGAUCAUCAAAAAAACCAAGCAAAUAAUUAAAUAUAUGAAAUUUUAUGGUAUUUUAUUAGCAACUUUUAAAGAAAGGCAAAUAUUGAAAGGAUAUAAAUCUUCCUUAAAAAUUCGAAGUCCGACAAGAUGGGGAGGUUUUGUUAUAAUGUUGCAAAGUGUUGUGAAAAAUAAGGAAGUUUUGCAAGAAAUUGCAAUUUCUAGUUUAUUUACAAACAAACAAAGAAGGCUUAUUAUAUUAGGCAAAGAAGGAUACUGGGAUAAAUUAGAGUCUGUACUGACCUUUUUGGAAUUUAUUUAUAAGAAAAUUAUAUUUGUAGAAUCGGAUUCAGCGGUAUUAUCUGACGUUCCAGAAAUAAUUUGGGACAUAAAAGAUAAACUCAAUUCAUCAACUUUUAUUUUUAAUGAAAAUGAUUUGAAAAGUGUUAAGAUGCAUAUUAAAAAACGAAAGAAAUUUUGUUGCCGAGAAUAUCAUUAUGCAACAAAUCUUCUGGAUCCUCGAUAUUAUGGUGUGAAAUUAACAGACCGUGAAUUAACAGCAGCUUUAAAUAUAAUAAAUAUUAUUUCAGGCCAAAUUAAUUGCGAUAUUGGAAAAAUUAUGGGUAAUUUAGCAGAAUAUCGUUCAAAACAAGGUUUCUAUAAAGGAACGGGCAUAUGGGAGAGCUCAAUCCAUACCAAACCACUCAUAUGGUGGAAAGGGUUGUGUACAAAUCAACCCCUUUGUCAAGUGGCAGUAAGAUGUCUUUGA